AAAAAAAAAAAUAUUUAAAAUAUUAUUUCAAUUUAAAAAUCGCACAGGUAGCAACACAACAAGUUUAAAUUUUCAAACAAAAUGCCAAGAAGUAUUUUUUCACAAAGAUAUAAUUCAGAAAAAAUUAAAAUGAAUGCAUUUUUCGAUGACGUUUUUAGGAGUUUGCCCAUUUUUCCAAAAAUAGGUAAACUUCCACCAAUGAAACGUAAAUUCCAGCCAUUAUUCAAUGAAAAAAGUGCUCAAAGUGGAGGUUAUAAAGAAAAGAAAUUACUUAGAUCAAAUGAUUGGUAUGAUAGUGAUCGAGUUCCAAUAACAACACGCUAUUAUUUAGAAUCAGCGAUGGGUUGCAUUUUAAUGGAUAGAUACUCCGAAAAUGACAACAAAUCGAAGGUUUGUGUGAAGGAGCCUUCAAAACCUAGCAACACAGUAGUGGUCAAUGCUAUUCAUAGCACAGUAGUGGCCAACAAUAUCUCAACACCAGUAACUUCGUUGGUUAAGAAAGAGGAUGAAAAACAAGAAGUGAAACCACAUUCCAAUUCUGUACCGAAAAAGUCCGAAGAUUUUGAUUCUGAUUUAGAGAAUUGUCCAGUUGAUUUGAAAUUCUUUUCGGACAACACAAAGAAAAGUCGCCGCGCUAAACAGCAUAAAACAUACGAAUGUGAGCACUGUCAGAAGAAAUUCGAUCGUCCGUGGGUGUUGCAUGGACACUUGCGUUUGCAUACGGGAGAGAAGCCAUUUGUAUGCCCUAAGGAAUCCUGUCAGAAGAGAUUUGCAGAUAGAUCCAAUUUGCGAGCUCAUCAAAGAAGUAAAGGACAUCAUAAUUGGUCAUUCCAAUGUCCGCAGUGCACCAAAUCAUUCAGUCAACAGAGUUAUUUGAAUCGUCAUAGCUUGCAAGCAUGUCGGAAAUUUUUAUCUCAUCAUAAAAAAUAAUUUAAUUUUCUGCAUAAUUUUCUCAUAAUUUAAUUUAUUGUUAAUUAUUUUAAUUUGUUAAUAAAGAAUCUUUUGUUUCUGUUAAAUAAAAA